ACACCAAACAGUAAGCGUGGCGGGAGCGCGCACACCGGAGCCGGAGAGAAAAAGAGAGAGGCAGGGAGAGGUGGAAGCGAAAGAAAGAGAGAGAAAGAGGCAGAGAGCUUCUGGAAAGAUGGAGUACCUCCACCAUAUAGCCACUCUAUAACAAAUCGGACAAGGACAUCAGCACGACUUUAUUGGGAUUUACUGUAAAUGUAAGAGACUGAGGAUUGGCUCUUGCAUUUGCAUUAAGGAGCUAGCGAGGUGAGAAAGCGAGAGAAGAGAAUAUGUUGCCUUCACAGGAAGCCUCUAAAAUUUACCACAACAAUUACAUGCGGAAUUCCAGAGCCAUCGGUGUGCUGUGGGCCAUCUUCACCAUUUGCUUCGCGAUCAUUAACGUGGUGGUUUUCAUCCAGCCUUACUGGAUCGGGGAUAGUGUCGACACUCCCUACGCCGGCUACUUUGGCCUUUUCCAUUACUGCAUCGGGACAGGUUUAAGCAGCCGGGAUUUAAUAUGUCAGGGAACCUUCUCCGACUUCUCCAGCAUCCCCUCGGGUGCCUUCAAAGCGGCGGCGCUCUUCGUGCUGCUCUCCAUGGUGCUGAUCCUCGGCUGCAUCACCUGCUUCGCUCUCUUCUUCUUCUGCAACACCGCCACAGUCUACAAGAUCUGCGCCUGGAUGCAGCUCCUGGCAGCUGUUUGUCUUGUUUUGGGCUGCAUGAUAUUUCCUGAUGGAUGGGACUCGGAAGCUGUGAGAAAGAUGUGCGGAAAUAAAACAGGGAAAUACACACUGGGAAACUGUUCUGUGCGCUGGGCCUAUAUCCUGGCUAUCAUCGGCAUUCUGGAUGCAUUAAUCCUGUCCUUCCUGGCAUUCGUACUUGGGAACCGACAAAAUGAACUCCUUCAGGAAGACCUCAAAGUUGAGAACAAAGAUUUCACCGGUGCCGCGAGGAUCUGAUGUGAGAUUGAAACCCAGUGUUGCAGACGCCUCAUUACUUGCCAACGUCACUGAAAUUAAAACGCCUUUAAGUACCGCACCAAUACAACAAUACAGAUCUUUUUACUGAAACACAAAAACAAAAUUGAAAAACAAAGACACAAGGUAAAAACAAAAAAAAAAUUACAUCUGCAAGGACUGCCAUGCUCCCUCCUCCACAGGAUGUAGGAAAUCGCUGCUCUAGAGAAAAGCUUCCACUAGGACAUUCUCCACACAAUAGCCAGUGAUGUACUACGCUGCAAGGACCCUGGAUCAAACAGUAUGUAUUCACCAAUCAGGAUUGACUUCGCAGACACUAGGUGCAUUCAACCUUUGUAUACAGCACAGUAUUGGUAUCUGAUUCUGUACCUUGUUGUACUUUGACUACAAGACUGUAAAGUUGAUUUGAUAUUUUUCUGUACAGAGUUUAAAAAUGACGAAAUAUAAAAUGUAAAUUCUACUAAAUACAGGGUAAGAUAGGAUUUAGUGGCACAUGUGUAAAGAAUUUUAACAAAAAGUUGCUACAUGCCAGAAAGCUACAGAGUAGAUCUUCUGUUAUAUAUCAGGAACAACAGUGGACAGACCAUGCAGGCAUUAUCAGUUUUUAAAAAAAACACUAUGCUCAAACUACUUUAUAAAUUCCUGUCUGCUCCUGGGUUCAAACUGCAUUACAGGGCAAUAUUGAUACUGUUCACCCUAUCACUCAAAGACCUGAACUGGUGUAGGUAAUGUUCACUGGUGCUUGUGUUCCAAAUAACUAAUUUAUCCCUUUCUACGGUGUGUCCGGGGUAAUGAAUGAUGCUGUAUUAGGCUGAAGAGCAGGCAUCUUAAUGUGUAUAUAAAGAAUAACACACAGAAAAGGUAAUCUGUCUCUGCACUGCUUUCAUUGGUCUUCUUCCAACUUAUUUCAAAUCAUGAGUGGAAUCUACUCACUGCCAAUAGAUUUGGCACAAAAUUAAUCAAGAGCUGUGUUGACCUUCAACCUCAGAACUGAUCCUAUCUAGCCCAAAAUGUGACCUGCUUCAAUUCUGAGACACCAAAAGAACUCAUUCAUGUUAAACAAUCCCUAAAUUAUUAACCCUCAGACGUAUUGGUUAGAUUACCUAACUGUGAUGGAUAUGAAAAUCGACACUCACACGGGCCUUAACUUUUGGUGCUAAAAUUCGUGUACAUAAUGUGCCACUGGAAGGAGGCAGUUUCAGAGAACAUCUGGUCUGUGGAUCAGGCUGUAUAAGGGGAAUGGAAUUGGUGUUAACUGAGGGUUCAAUUUUUUAAAUUCCUUUAUUUUCAAAAGGAAAAUAUCAUAACAAAUAUCUGCUCCAAGGUGCAGUAGAUACGGAGAAGACAUUUCGUACAGUUUCAUGGCCAGCUCCAGUCCUUUUUUACCUCUUUGUCCAGCCUCCCUUUCAACAUGACUCUUCCCCUUGUUCUCAUUCUGAAUAUGGAGCUGCAUCUUCAGCAAUUCAAAGAAACAAAAUAUGAAUUUAACGAGUGUCUUCAAGUCACAAGGAAUGAAUUCUAGCUGCAAUCAGACUGUAAUCCUUCUUUCCUCCCUGACAGUCUAAGGGAAAGCAGAGGGGAGACACAGGCUAGAUGCAGCAGAGGUGCUGUUUGAGGGGAUACAUUGAGUAGAAGUGCUGGUCAGGCUGAGCUCACAUUUCGCUGCACAGCCUCAUUUUGCUGGUGCCUGGCCUUGGAGCAGUUAUAUAAGAUCAUUCAGGUAAUUCAUGUCACACAACAUCCAUAUCUGCUGCCCUAUUUAGGGAAAAAGAAAACAAUAAUCUAUGUUUCGUAGCACCAGCCUUGAUGGUCACCUUUCAUUUUAUAAGUGGCCUAUGUGCCUAAUGGCGGAUAUGCAGAGUCGUCUAUGGGAAACACCUGCGUUUUGGUUUUCCUAACUUUGAUCAAAAUGUCAUGACUGAAAUCCAGUUAAGAACCACAGCUUUCCCGACCGACAUCGAAAGCCCAGCUCAAGCUUUACUGGUCAUUGUGGUCACAGUGCAUCAUUAUUGAUGACAAAAGCGAGUUAAGGUCUGAGUCCAAUUUCAUGGCAAACACAACUAUUGAUCCUGUGUCUCAAUUACAUGGCACUGUUUCAAAUGUACUGUGGAAUUUCAGUCCAUCAAAAACAAAAAGCUUCACAUAUAGAUGACCUUAUGUGCAUUUGAGAUACUUUGGUAAAAAUUUGGGCCUGUGCACAUAUUUAUGUAACACAAGGCCCCUCAGAGAUUUCAGAAUGGGUGUGCACAUGCCUAUGGGAUGAAAUAUGCCUGAUACCAUAUUGCUCCAUAUUGGAGCGCACAUUGUGUAUAUCUAUCAGAAAUAUGUACAGCAAGCAGAUCACAACGCCAGUCAGCAUGCAGUCGGCCAUGCCAUCUUGGGGUUUAGCACUCCAGCUAAUACCCUCUUGUAAAUUAACCCUGCUGAACACAUAUUCAGCAGCUGGAAGAUGACUCACACUCCCCACCCCUACUUCACCAAACAUCACUGUCCAACCUGCAUAAUCAAUUUAAAGGAAUCAUCAACUAUUUAAAGGUUAGUUGCUAGUUUUUUUUUUCUAACUGUCGGCAUGAUUCUACAAGGGUCUGGUGCUUUCCUUUUAGUUAUUUCAAGUUGCAAUGGUCUAUAGCAUGGUAGGUGCUGAAGGAAUUUUUUACCGACUCUAUGAUUUCUGCACAAAACCAGGUGCUUCUGAACACAGAUGCAGUAGGAGACAUGCCCAUAAGAAUACAGUAUAGCUUGAUCAGAGUCCAAACAAAGUAGGACAGACUCAAAAGGAAGGAGAGUAGGAGGGGAGCAAGGGAUCUUAGCAGAAGGUCAUAGUCGCGCUAGGGGGUGAGGGAGCAAUUUUCCUCCCUCAAAUUCAGCUUGAAAUGCCUCUGUGAAACAUAAAAGCAUAGCAAUUUUUUCUGCUCCAGCAUUCAUUAUGAUCAUGGCUGAUCAUCCAACUCAGUACGCUGUUCCUGCUUUCACUCCAUACCCUUUCAUCCCUUUAAUCCUAAGAAUGGCAUCUAACUCCUUCUUGAAUCCUUUAAGAAGCAACAUCAACCACUUUCUGUGGCUGUGAAUUCCAUAGGUUCACCCCUGUCUAAAUGAAGAAAUUUUUCCUCAUCUCAGUUCCAAAUGACCUAGUCAUAUUCUUAGACUUUGACUCCUGUUUCUGGGCAUCACAAUCAUUGGAAACAUCCUUCCCGCAUUUAUCCAUUCUAGCCCUAUUAAUAUUCUAUAGGUUUUUAUAAGAUCCUCUCCUCAUUCUUCUAAACUCCAGCAAAUGUGAUCUACUGUCUUUUCAGUAAGCUAUAUUAUUGGGAGUCUAUACAAGGAGAGAUCUCACUCCAUUUUAUCACCACUUAUGGGAAAAAACUGAUAGAGUAACCACAUGACUUUGCUAGGAAUACAGGCAUCCCAUGGGACAAGGUACCAUUGCCUGUUUGCACUUUGCCUUGUACACCUCAUGCCAGCCCAGUCUCACAUUGGAACUGAGAUAGAUUGCACUCAAGAAUCCAAAUGGUGCAGCAAAGGAGGAGAAGACAGCAGAGGAAAUUGGAGAGUAACGUAGACAUUUCAGGUCUAGGCUGUCCAUAAAGAAUUCAUCAGAACAUGUCUGUACCACAAUCCUAAUUCACUAUUCACCAACAGUCCUACAUUUCACCUUCUUUCAGUCACUGGCCCUCACAAUGGCUGCUUGUUCACUAUGUCAGACACCAUGAAGUGAACACUUUAAAUCGAUUCACUAAAAAAAGAGCCAUGCCAUGUCGCAUAUUGAAGCAACUAACACCCUAGUGCAUUGUCAUUGUGUCUAGAUUCUCUCUACACAGUGCUACCCCAACGGCUCCAGCAUGCUGACUCUCAUUGGAGGAAUCAGUGGGCAGGCUUUGAGCAUGACCCAGGACGGCCAGCUGCACACUGCACCAUUGUAGCAAGGGCAGCAGCAGCAGUCUGGGCUGACAGCCGAGCGAGGGCACUAGCAAAUUGGCAGACUGAAUCCUGUGCCUGCACAAGAGGACAGCAGGUUUGGCAUCCAGGGAGCCACUUCCCUCUGGGGGUGAUGGAAGGGGUGGGGGUCAGCAUUUCAGCAGUUAGGUCUUGGAAAGAUUGCUGGACUGCAGUGACAUUCUGUAAUCCCCCGAACAUCGGAAACUGUUGUAUGCCAGCAGUCCAAGCUUCCAUGGAAUGAUCUUGUGCAGUUGAUAUUGGUGCUGCAAUGAAAGCUGUGGCAUCAGCCAUCAAACAUUACAUUCAUGUUCAGGUCCAGAACUACAUGAGGACUAAUGGCCUGCUCCUUAUGCGCAAUCAAUAGGCACAUCGCAAGCCUCAUCAGCACUUACUGCAUUUUUGAGCCAGUCCCCGGUAUUUCUAAGCAGUCACAAAGUUUAAUACUGCAAUGAACUGUUCUUAAACAAAGAACUCAAGGCAGAUCUCAUGCAGACCACAGAAGGCAAACCAACUUUUAAUCCAAUAUAACACUUCUUAUCAAUUGCCACAGGAGAAAGAGACAGUCCAAGUCGGAGAUGAUGAACUGGUUCCUGCCAAAAACUAGACAUGCUUUUAUUUUAGCAUUUCUUUUCAACAGCUUCCUUCACAAAUUGGACUUUUCAGUGUAUUUUAGAGCAAGGUUUCAAUCCCAUUUCAUAAACAGCUGGAUCCAUUAUUAAUGGGGGAAAUAAUGUAGCCUUUUUAAAAGGUUGUAUGAAUAGUCAUAAAUCGUAAAAGUUAAAAAGGCGGAAAAUUGGGUUUAAAUUAAUCCAUGCCCUACUUUAAGCAGUUUCCUUAGAGCUGUCCUAGAAAUGACUGAUCAAGGGGGCUUCAGUAAUAAUGUUAAAGGUAUCUUUCUGCCUAUCCUGUAAUGGGGCAAGUGAGCAAAUGCACCUGAUAUUUUGUCAAAGGCACUAUAGACAAGUGACAGCAAUGCCUAUAACUGGGGGUCAGCACGAUGUACUGAGCAUCAAUAUCUUUAAAUCAGUGAAUAGUAUGUUUGUUAAAUCAGAUAUUAUCUCAAACCCAUGCACUGAUUAACUUGUUAAUAAUACCAGCCUGGUGAAGGAAAGGAGAACGCUCUGCUCAAGGUAGCAAAGGUCCUGCUGAAUAAUAUGAUUUACAAAGAGAAAUCAGUGGGUGAAACUUUUUUAUACAACACUUGUGGAGAAAUAUCAGCAGAAACUAUAGACCAUAUUCUCAUAACCGCAAGGUUUGUCACUAGAGUGUUUUUUUAAAUUUCUUUGAAUAUGAAAAGUUAGCAGAGCAUCUUUUCAAGGAAACUUACCAUUCCCCUAAUCCAUCAUUUAUCCUUUCCAAAAGUUAGCUAACAAUUAAUUGACUGUCCAAACCUAAAAUCCCCAGUUAGAGAUGUGUGAUAUAUUCAUGUGAGUGCAGACAUUGUUAACUUACAAUUCUUGUUUUGAAGGACAUUUCUUGUAUCCAGUAAUUAUUCUAUUUUCAAUUAUCAAGGUCAGCACAAUGAUCAUAGUGUGCUUUUCAUCUAAGAACAUAGGAACAAUGCCUGGGCUUUCGACCCAUCUACCUACUCCAGGUAAUGCAUCAGGAUGUAAGUUGAAGUCAGUCAGUAGUAGGACUGAGUGUCCUUCUGUUUCUUAUUAAAUCUGAUACACCAUGUAAAAUUAUUUACAUCAAGUAAUUUGCUUCAGAGCAAUAUGCAUCAGUCAGGACAACAUCCUUUGUUUGCUCCUAAAUAUUUGGCUACCUAAAUAGCUGUUGAGAAGAAUGGAAAAUUCCACAACACUUUUUUUGCAAAAUCUCCAUUUAUGAGAAACAAGAAGUAAGCAGGGAAUAUUUUGCAUUACGCUGUAAUGGUCUGAAAGUAGAUUUCAACCAAGGACAGGUGAUACCAUCAGUACAAGACAUGGGAAAGAUGAAAAUACAGAACAAUAGAAGGCCUACAAAUGUUUUCUCCCCAGAAGCAGAUUUGAGACCAUGGAUUUUUGUUAAAUCUUUGGUAUGGCCAUUGGUUUAUGGAUAGAAUGGACAUUUCAUGAGAUCAAUCUCAAUUUAUCUCACAGACAACACUAUUAUCACUGUGGAGAAUAGGAAAAGAAAUCCUGAGACCAAAUGAAACUAGAGAACUGAUGAUAGUGAUAAAUGAAUUAGUGUGAGCUUGACUGGGUGUAUUAUAAAUUUAUAAAUAUAUACUAUAUAUAUGGGAGAACACAUAGUCAGUAGAGCUAAAUUUUAUAGUGAGUGAGCCGAAAUAAAACUCUGACUAGAAGGUAUAUGACUGGAGUCUGACUAACCACCAUUUAAUCUCUUCUAUUUAACCAACAAUGAUUUAAACUGGAAUUGAUCUUAAAAAUAUGGUUUGCCUCAAAGAGAAAUAUCUUCACUUUGUUCUGAGUUCCAUAUCUGGUGGCCUGGAGGAUUUCCAAUCACUGCUAUGUUAUUACAUAGUAAGACCAAUUAGAAAUAUCUAAUGGCUGGGAAAGAAUACAGUUCUUUACAUCAAGCUUUUAAUGGAAUGGGAAUGCAGGCAGUGAAAGAUCUACAAGGCAAAUCUCCCCAGAUGCUGGAUUUCUGAAACAGAAAACAAAAAUGCUGAAAAUACUCGGCAGGUCAGGCAGCAUCUGUGCAUAGGGAAACAGAGUUAACAUUUCAGGUCAAAGACCAAUCAUCAGAGUUCCCAUGAAAGCUCAUUGACCUGAAAUAUUAAUUCUACUUCUCUCCACAGAUAUUGUCUGAACUGCUGAGUAUUUUCAGCACUUUUGUUUUCUGUGUGUGAAAGAGGCAUUAUAGCAGGGACAGAGGCCGGAUUCACAUGCCCCUUAACCUGAACUAUAAACAAAAAUAUUAAACAGAAUCUUAUGCAAAAUAGUGUAUUGUAGUGAGCAUGAUUUUAUUUGAGAAAGAAAAGUUGUUUAGACGAGACUUAACUUUGUGAAAGCUAACAUUGUGAAACAUAGAUUAAAUAAAACUACACAUCUUUGGAUACUCGGUGGCCUGCACAAUGUGGCUGUUUACUUAAAAUUUGCUUCUGGACCACCUCUCGUAGCAUUAUAGAAUCCAUACAGUGUGGAAGCAGGCCAUUUAGCCCAUCAAAUCCACACAGACCCCCCUCAAAGAGCACCCCAAUCGGACCUACCCCAUCCCGAUAACCCUGAAUUUACGGUGGUUAAUCCACCCAACCUACACAUCCCUGAACACUGUGGGCAAUUUAGCAUAGCCAAUCCACCUAGCUUGCACAUCUUUAGACUGUGGAAGGAAACCAGAGCAACUGGGGGAUCCCACGCUGAAAAUGUGCAAACUCCACACUGACAAUUGUCCAAGGUUCGAAUCAAGCCUGGGUCCCUGGCACUGUAAUGCAGCAGUGCUAACCACUGAGCCAUCAUGCUGUCCUAUCAUCUUAGCCCUGAACAACAAAUUUUGUUCUGCAGUGAAAAUUGACAAGUGUGUUCCUCCAAGUAAGUUCCAGUAUCAAAUUGCCCCAUCCCACACAAUUAUUUCCUGCCAUGAUUGUGGUAUUGAAGACCAAAGUAUACUUGGAGUGACAGUCUACUGUCCAUUAUCAUUUAGUCUCUAAUUUCCACAAAGUGACUGGGAAGCCAUGGAGCCCAGCUUAAUCCAGCUGCGUGACUGCACCAGGAAGGCAGUUAGCUCAGUUGGCUGGAUGGAUGGUUUGUGAAGUGCAAUGAUGCCAGCAGCAUUGGCUCAAUUCCUGUAUCAGCUGAGGUCUAUGUGAAGAUCUCAUCUUCUCAAGUUUGCCCUUUGCCUGUGCUGUGGUGAUGCUCAGGUUAAACCACCACCAGUUAUCUUGGUCUAAUGAGAGAGCGUCCCUCUGGUACUAUGGUGACAUUAUGACUGCACUACACCAUCUGGUCUUUUACAUCUCAAAUUCCAGAAUCCAGAGUCUGCAACCUCAACAGAAACCAGAAUCACUCCAGUACAAAAUACAGCCAGGAUGACCCAGAAUCCUAUGACUCUAUGCAAUCUGCAUAAAACCAACAAAAUUUAAUAAGCAUUGGUAAAAUUACCUUUGCUACGUGUCUCGAGAUCUACACAAAUUUCAAAAACAGGCAAUUAGAACUAUUAUUUGUAAUAAAGCCAUUCUCCAUUGUGUUCACAAGUAACCACAUACUUGCAGUGAGGAGGCAGCCAGACACUCAGUCACAGUUCACUAGAAAUAUCACACAUUUGCUAAAAAAAAUUAUAAUAGGUCUACAAUACCCUGAUCUUUUAGUACUCCUGCCAGACUUCAGAGAUGAUUUUAAUGUCUAUGUAUGUCACAAAACAUUAAAGAAGCACAAGCUGCAAAGCCUUAGACCAUAACCACCAUUUUGCUUUGCUUGGUACGGGCUGAAAUUGUUCACUAAAAUAUUGAAUAUUGAAUUAAAUGAACUACUUGAAGGUUUAACUUUUGCAUUGUUGUCCUUCUAGUAUUACAAUGGCUGGGUGGUUGCUGCAGUGCAUCUCAAUGGAAGAUUAGUUGCAAAUUUUAAAAAUAUAUGAUUUAUUAUAACUUGGGAUAUGGGCACCACUGGCAAGACCAGCAUUUGUUGCCCAUCCCUAAAUGCCCUUGAAGAGAAUGGCUUGCUCAACCAUUUCAGAGUCACCUAAAGCUCAAGCGUAUUGUUGGAGAUCUGGAAUCAUGUGUAGGCCAGACCAGCUAAGGAAGAUAGAUUUCCUUCCUUGAUGAUUAUUGGUGAAUCAAAUGGGUUUUAACACCAGUCAACAAUAGUUCUGUGGUCACCAAUGUUAAGAUCAAUUUCAAUUCCAGAUUUUCGGAAUUGAAUUUCAAUGUGUCCCAUUAUCGUGGUGAGAUUUGAGCCCCACUGAGAAUUAGUCUGAAUACUACUCCAAUAACAUUACCAUUACACCAUUAUGUCCGUGUCUGUCCUCAACUAUGGAAUGAGGUGAUGAUAGUUCUGAUUGUUGUUUAAUAUAUUUGAAUUGUUUAUACAGAAUACCAAUCCACCAAUAUUAUUUUAAAAUCUGCUUCUAAUCAAAUUUUCAAAAAUUGAAGUGACUGAUCACUUAUUUCGGGGACAUGGUGAAUGCAUGCAGUAUAAAAGUUCAAAGGAAUCACACUUCAGCACAAUUCUAACUUGUAACAAAAGUGCAACAAUUAUAGAAGUAAGAAGCAAUAUCAAAAAAUUCACCUCUUAUGAGAAGAUUGUUAUCCGGUAGCUGGAUAUAUUUCUUGUUCCAAGGAAGUGGCACAAAGAUAAUAAAUGCCAUAAACUGGACAAGUACAUUAGCCAAACUUGAAAGCAAAAUUGUCCUUAAAGGUCCACUGUGUUCUGAAUUAAAGUUUGUUUUCAUUUCUGCUUCAAGAACGAAGAUCAUUACUGACCUGUGCUGUGUUUUUUUAGUCCUUGAAAACACCUUCAGACUAAACAUACAUUGUUUUCUGUCACUGCAUUACACCUCAUCCAAAAAUAUCUUUUAACAAUGACAAUAGGCACUAGAAUGUUAAGGAACUAGUGCUUGUGAUUUUUCUUAGAGGCAUGUCAAAAGUCUAGUUCGAAUGGACAGGAGUUCAAAAUUCUGGUUUUAUCGGUAGACAAUCUUCUCUUCUUUCAUUGAAUCAGCUCUUGUUAGCAAUGAGUAGGCUUUCAUUGUGUCAAACUAUCCCUGGGUGCUAAGUUUCCAGAUUCUUGGGUUUCAUUGUCGUUUUAUCAAAACUCAGUUGGGUUGCUAGAUCCUCCAGUGUUGGGGAAAUAGGGAAGCAUUACUUAUAACCAUCAUGAACAGUCUCAUCCAGUAGGAGUACUGUACCUAUUAGUCCAUUAUAACACACACACUGUCAAAAAUUUGUGGUGUCUCCCAUUCUGUCCUGCAAGCUAAAGUUUGGCAUCCAGAAGUAGGUUCUUUCAUCACCCAGCAUUUAAUAUUUCUUCGUACAGAGAUACAGCUAUAAGAGAAUUCGUUGCUCAGGCUUCCUUAUAUAUCUUAUAUACAACUGGGAAGGAACAAAGAACUGAAACAACAAGCCUAAUUACUGACCUUUCCAUUCUCUCUGCCAAAGAAGGAAGGAUGAAAGCAAGGAGGCCUAUUUGCUAGGCCAUCCACUCAAGAAGAAAACAGAGAGACAAGAAACCCCAUUGCCUAGAACAUUCAAUCAUUGUUACUAAAGGAAUAAGUAUAGUGUUUGAAAGUCACAAGGAUCAUGCCCUUCCUGGUUGAAGGAGCGAAGGCAGAAGGGAUUUUGGGAACUAUUGCACAUUGCACAUCCUAAGACUGAAAUUUGUACAAAAAGAAGCCAGGUAAACAAAGACAUUCUGGUGAAGUGAAGUGCUGCCUCUCAUGUGAUAGGGAGUGGCAGUGUAUGACCCAGGAGGACAAUGAAAAUACCUUCUCUUUAAGUAUCAGAGGGUUAUCCAAACUCAUUUAGAUGUCCCACCAACCAAGCAGAACUAGAAUUCACCAAACUUGGUUGGGAUAAGAUAUCAUUAGAGUGGUCCUCUCAUAUUCUGGUUUCCAUUUGGACCCUUUUUAUAUCAUAACAUUGAUUGUAAAUAUUGAUAAAUCAACCUAAUAAUUGAUUGCAACCAAUCAAUUCUCUCAAAUGUGACAGUAGUCACACAUUUAUGAUAUCAAAGAACCUGUGAAGCCAGCAUUAACAACCAUUGAGCCCUCUGAUUGACCAGUCAUUUGACUACAUGUUUAUUACAAUUUCCUCUUGAUACUGGGUAAAGCUGUAAAUCUCUUGUUUCUUUUAUACCACAGUUACUGUGCUGUAUCUGAAAAUAAGUCUGUAAUUUGAAAAAAAAGUCUAUAUGUACAACAGUUUUUGAUCAUUUCAGGACAGAUAUUGUGUCAUUAAUUCAAGCAAAUUUUCAUCUUUUAGGUAUAUUAGUUUAACAAAAUAAUGUUAAAUAUAAGCGAUGCAAUUUUUAGCUUCUGUGUAGUUGGAAUGACGUUAAAAUAAAGAAACCA